CCUGAUUAUUGUUUUAGUUGGUGGUGAGCUUAAAUUGAAAAAAAGUUUUAAAAUAAAAUAAAAUGUAGACUUGAUUAAGUAGACGGUGAUAUUUGCGACUGUAAUAAUAAUAAUAGAGAUGACUGCUUUCUUACACUCUAAUAAUGAUAUUCCUCUUGCCAUCAGAAUCAGAUUUUUCCAAAACAUUGUGAUUUAACAGAGACACAGCACAUUAGCACACUAGCAGAGUGAGAGACAGAGAGAGAGAGAGUUGGCAGCAGGAUACAAAGGCCUUUCAUUUCAUAGCAGUUGGUUGGUGGCAUUCUGGCUCUGAAAAAAUACUGAACUGAAACACAGCUGUUUUACUGUUCAGAGAAGUUGGGUUUUGCUCUUCUCUAAUGACUACUGCCCUCUCUGAAUCUGCUGGAAGCAUUGACUGAAUUCUGGCUAUACUAUCAAAGAAACAUGAAAUUUGAAUUGAAGAAAAGAUGGAGAGCCAUUGCCCCACAUCAAUUGAAAAACAAAUCAGCUGGCCGUUUUUGUUUAUUUCCCAAAUCAAAGUCAGAUCGCUCUGAUCCGAGAAAAGCACCAGUUUAUCUCAAUGUAUAUGAUUUGACACCCAUGAAUGGCUAUGUCUAUUGGGCAGGCCUUGGAAUUUUUCACUCUGGUGUUGAAGUUCAUGGUGUAGAAUAUGCAUUUGGAGCACACGACUACCCUACCAGUGGUGUUUUUGAGGUUGAACCUCGCCAAUGCCCAGGAUUCAAGUUCAGGAAGUCUAUAUUUAUUGGGACCACAUCCUUGGACCCUACUCAGGUUAGGGAGUUUAUGGAGCGCCAGUCUUUGAGCUACAAUGGUGAUACAUAUCACCUGAUUGUCAAGAACUGCAACCAUUUCUGCAGGGAUAUCUGUCACAAGUUAACCGGAAAAUCGAUUCCCAAAUGGGUAAAUCGACUGGCAAAAAUAGGUUCAGUAUGCAACUGCGUACUUCCUGAAGCCCUAAAGAUUUCUUCUGUGCAACACGACCCGAACUGCCAGCCAUAUGACAGCGAGAAGAGGAGUUUGAGAAGUACGUUCAGUUGCCUGUCUUCUAUUUCAAUGCGGCAGAAGCAAUUGUCAUCGUCAUCAUUAUUUCUACAGUCACCCCUAAAAGGCUGCUUACCGCCAUGGGAAUUGAGAAGGUCGAACAAUGGUUCCUUGAAGGAAAGGUGAGAGAAACUGUUCUACAGUAUGAUGACUGGCAUGGCGUCCAUAACCUUUAAUGAGGGGAAUUUGUUGCUAAGUUUUUGUGCGUCAGCAAUUGAAAGCUGCCAUCACUCAGAUUGUUUUUAUUCUCCCAGGUUUGUGGACCGAUGUUUGUGAUUGUUGUAACUCUAGUUAUUCAUGAAGAAAUUGCUAAUCAGUUCUCUUUAUCUCCAGUUUUCUUGUUUCUUUUCUUUUUUUAAUGCUUGUAUUUCCUUUUCUUCCAUAGGUUAGAUGUGACAAAACUCCUCCAAGUGUAAAUUGUGCUGUUAACGUAGCUUGUAACAUCGUUGUCUUGGCAAAUGAAUGCAUCAACGUGCAGAAACUUUGAUUCCCA